GAUAAUCGCGCGUCCGUCUGCCAAUCAUAAUAUUCCAUUGUCAUCUGCCGAUGUGCGACUGUGGGUGUGUUUCUAGGUGAUUGUCUUGGUCAUAAUGAUGUCGGCGCCUUCUUCAAGUGUUCUUGCUGGCUUGUGAAUUCUUGAUAGAUGUGUCAGAUCCCAAGUGCGGUGAUUCACACAUACUUAAAUGACCACCGUAAGUGCGGUGUGAUCACGUACCUACGGCUCCGUACAACGGCGUCACCUGUCUCAGUCGACAGAUAGCGGUCGAAACCAAACCUCAAAAUGCUUUCUACAGAACCUCGGGCUACCCAAGACUCGGACAAUGAAGAAUCAAAGGUCCCUGAUGUUGAAUCAUCAGUCUCCAAGGACUCCGUCCUUCCUUCACAGUUAGAUGAUUUUCCUGAAGGCGGUUUUGCAGCUUGGUCCACUGCCUUUGGGUCGUUUCUUAUAUUGUUCUGCGGUUGGGGUUACACCACCUCCUUUGGUGUAUACCAAGACUUCUAUACUCAGCAUUACCUCACAAAUAAGACACAAUUUGCUAUUUCAUCCAUUGGGAGCUUCAAUGCAUUUUUAGGCACCGCUGUGAGCCUUGUAGCAGGUUCACUGUAUGACCGAGGUUAUUUUUAUCAUCUUGUCAUCGCCGGAUCACUUUUGCAGAGCUUAUCUAUCUUCAUGCUAUCAUGUGCGAAGCCUAAUCAAUACUACCAGAUAUUCCUUACUCAAGGCUUAUGCUCUGGUGUCGCGUUGGGGCUCCUAUACGUCCCGAGCCUGGCUGUCGUCUCUCAUUAUUUCAAACGGAAACGCACGCUGGUGAUGACGCUCGUUAUUCCGGGUUCAUCGCUGGGUGCUAUCAUCCAUCCGAUUAUGCUUAAUAACCUCCUGAAUGGGCAGCUCGGUUUUGCCAAGAGCGUACGUGCAAGUGCAGGGAUGGUCAGCGCGCUCCUUUUAAUUGCAUGCCUGUGUAUGCGAACCCGCCUUGAUCCACCGACGACGCCAGUGAAUUAUAUUGCAGCAGCUAAAAAAUGUCUUCAUAAUGUUCCGUUUAUUUUCGCUCUGGCAGGGUCCUUUCUUGUCCAGAUUGGCUUCUACUACCCUUUAUUCUUUCUUCAACUCGACUCUAUCAAGCACGGUAUCGGCAUCGACUUUUCGUUUUAUUCUCUCGUGAUUUUAAAUGUGGCCAGCUGUGUGGGACGAGUUACAUCAGGGUACAUUGCAGCGUACAUAGGAGUCCCAAACUUGACCAUAAUUUCGGCAAUUAUGUGCGGAUCGGUGAUUUUGGGCACUAUUGGAUUAAGUAGCCUGACCAGCGUCGUUAUUCUUGGUGUACUUUAUGGCUAUUCUUCGGGUGUGUAUAACGCAAUGGUGGGUCCACUCGUGGCUGUCUUAACGCCCGACCCCUCUGAGCUUGGCGGGUGGAUGGGCAUUUGUUUCUUCGUUGGUGGAUUUGGAAGUUUGAUUGGAACCCCCAUAUCCGGUGUUUUGCUUACAUCAAAUUAUACUUGGUGGAAACCCGCUCUGUUCUCUGGGCUCGCUGCACUGGCUGGUGCCCUGAUGUACGGCUUCAUGGGUUUCAUUUGCAUCAGAAGAAAUAAGUUCUAAGUGAACGGCUUGUCGUCGAACGCGGACCAAUAGAGAUACACGAGAAUCAUCAAAGCACGAUAACACAGGGCCUGUUUAGGCUGGUCUUGAUAGAAGUUGGGGCAUGGGCACGAAGCCAAAACGUUAAGUACGUUGAUAUAGGAUAGAAGUGGUUGCCGCUGCGCGCACGGCUUGUUGUGUCACCAGUAUUUGAUUCUACAGGGAUUCCCCUUCGUCCACCUGGGAGAAUUUGAUGAAACAACGGAAGUCAUUGAUAUCUCCGACAUGACAUCGAUUCUACACAAUGAUUCGAUGAUCCAGGAAAAUCGGAUCAUAUAGGCUACGUGCCACUGUAAGCACCCUUACGGAAUGUCCCGGCAACAUGUGGGUCGAAGCAAUUCUUCCGGUAGAACCUGCGAUGGCAGAACUAGGGUUGUGUUGUAGCAAAACCAAGCGAAACUCAGAAGAGGUAAAUU